AUGCGUUCCGUGAUAGUUUCCUUUGCCGCUGCUGCAGCAGUAAUGGUCUAUGUAGCUGUGCAAAGCUGCUACGGAACCUCCUCACCUCCACCUUCAUACCCCGCAUCUCUCCCAGGAAGUAAUUAUGGAGGUCCUACCUCAUUGACGGCUAGCAACGGUCUCGGGUACAGAAAACGCCGACUCUUCCGCAAUCGCGCUCGUCGUGUUCGCCUUUAG